CUCUUGGCCAUCGCUGGCUUUGGAUCUAAUUCCUUAUAGAUAAAUGUGCUUUUAAUGUAUGCAGGUAUUUUACAGCUUCAGUAUGUGUGGAGAGAGAAAUAUGUAUUUUGACUACAACUCCUUAAAGUUUGCUCUUAGUUUUUGUUUAGAGUUACACGGAAUACGGUGCUACUUGGUAAAAGCAGGAUGAUUUUGUCUAGCUAGGUGUAAGGCAGCAUGUACGUACUCAGUGUGGCUCUUUGCACACAAAUGUAAAGUUGAGCAGUGAUCCGAGUGAGGGUUAUUUGAUUUGAAGAUAACAGGAGGGAGCUGUAUUUGCAUUAUACCAAGCUCAUCCUGGUUAGCUGGCUCCCAGAGGUGCAACCUUGUGUUGUCCGUUUUCCCUGUUCCCGUGUUUGGAUCAGAGGGACCCUGUUGUCAGAGCUGUAUUAAAAGGAUUUCUUUUUAAACACCACCUCCAUAGAGCUUGCACCCCAUGCUGCAGAUGAGGGGUGCAAGCGUGCCCUGGCUAGGCUGGCCAGUGUGCGCCCUGACAGCUUGUGCAUCUGCUCCCCAGUCUGUAAAAGGGCUGGCUUUGCUUCUUCUGGUUCUAUCAGUUAAUACAUGAUCGAUAUAUUUACAAUUACUACCAUUUUGUCUUUUAAAGUACUCCCUGAUGGGAAACACGUGCCUAUGACUGUGCAGGGUGCCUGUGCUCCAAGCUGUUCAUACUUCACGAAGCUUCAGAAACCUGGUUUUUAAUUGUACUUGAGCUUGGGUUUUGCCUCCGGGAUGUAAAUAACCAUUAGCACCCUUUACGGAGUGGGAUGCAGGCUCUCCUGAUGAGGUGAUGAAUCAAUGUUGGGAUUCGUACCUUGCUUGAUGUGAAUUAUCCUGGUAGAUGCAGCGAAUGGCCCAGCAGCACAAGCAUGGGUUCACCUCACUGUGAUGGGUUAUUGUGGUUAUUUUAUCCCAUUUUGGAGGCAGGAGGGGGAUUGUUCUUUCCCUAAUUUCCAAAGGCACCCUGGUUCUUCCUAACACAGCAGCUGUGUGUAUAGAAAUGCACAUACACAAGUGCAGUGUGCAUCGCUCCUCUGCUAAUAACUAUUGUCAGAGGUAUCAGGACACUGAGUGGCUGUGAGCUGCAAACGGGGCAGCAGAGAGGUGCCCCAGGAAAGGCCGGACAGGGAGACUGGGUACUUUAUUGUAUUGGAGGAAAUCUGUCAGGACAGUGUCCCCCAGCUAGCACUAUGACCUUACUCUCUGCCUCUCCUAUUUUUUAAAUUUACUUUAUUUUUGCAUUUUCUUCUAAAUCUGCUGCCAGAGUUGUGUGUGUUUACUGGAGCUGAACAGAGAUGGGCUCAUCCCUGCUGCCCUUUCGUGCCCAUCCCAGUCAGCAGCCACCCCAUCGUGCUGUGUUAAGACUUUUUGGGGUCAUUCCCCUGGCUUCCCAUGGCCCCAGCAGCCCAUGGGAUGCUUUAGCACUGCCGCCUGGCUGGAGUCCCCUGGAAGGUCUCUGCACGGCCCCGCUCAAGGGGAGCUGAUCACAGCCGCAUAUGAGCUUGGAGUCGCCCACCCUCCUGGCUACCCCUUGUUCACGCUGCUGGCCAAAGUGGCGACGGGGCUGCUGCCCAUCGGCUCCCCCGCCUACCGGGUCAAUCUCCUCUGCGGCUUGUUGGGAGCAGCUGCCGCCUCUUUGCUUUUUUACACGGUUUUCAGGCUUUCUGGCUCGUACGCUGGAGGAAUCCUUGCUGCGGGGGUGUUUUCAUUUUCUCGUCUAACAUGGCAGUGGUCCAUCGCGGCGGAGGUUUUCAGCUUAAACAAUCUGUUUGUGGGGCUGCUGAUGGCUCUCACCGCCCAUUUUGAGGAGGCAUCCACUGCAAAAGAGAGAUCAAAGAUCUCUAAAUUUGGUGCCUUUUGCUGCGGGCUCAGUUUGUGCAAUCAGCACACAAUAGUGCUUUAUGUUGCCUGUAUUGUGCCUUGGGUUCUCUCCCGGCUUUUCAGAAGGACGGAAUUGUCCCUAGGCCAUUUGCUGAAGUUGGGUUUAUGCUUCUUGGCUGGUUUGCUGCCUUAUCUCUAUCUGCCGGCUUCAUCCUACCUCAAUCGAGCCCGUUGGACAUGGGGAGACCAGACGACUUUUCAAGGAUUUUUGACCCACUUUCUCAGGGAAGAAUAUGGGACAUUCAAUCUGGCCAAGUCUGAGACAGGAUCCAGUAUGAGAGAGAUGCUGUUUUUUCAGCUGGCGCAGAUGAAGUCAGAGCUCUCCCUUCCCGUCCUCAUCCUGGCACUCGUGGCCUGUGUGAGCGCAGCACUGCUGCCAAAGAUGCAAAAAUCAUCCGUGACCUGGCUCUUUGGUGGAAUGUUCUGUCUUUAUUCCCUCUUCUUUGCUUGGAGAGCAAAUUUGGAUAUUACAAAACCUCUCUUUCUGGGCGUGGUGGAGCGGUUCUGGCUGCAGAGCAGUGCCGUGGUGGCUGUGCUGGCAGGGCUGGGGCUGGCCACACUCACCUCGGUUGGAAGUGCCAUGCUGGAGGGCAGCCGGGUGCUGCCGUGGCUGGAGUGGUCUUCUGCUCUCGCUCUUGUUGUUUCUCAAGUUUGGGCAAAUUACAGCGCUUGUGAUCAAAGCAACAACUAUGUUGUUGAUAAGUUUGCAAGGAAUCUGCUGUCCUCUAUGCCGAUGGGUGCAGUCAUCUUGCUAAGGGGAGACUUACCCGGGAAUGGUCUUCGUUACGUCCAUUAUUGCGAAGGGAUGAGGCCAGAUGUCACCUUAGUGGACCAGGAGAUGAUGACUUAUGAAUGGUAUUUACCCAAGCUGGCAAAACAUUUACCUGGCGUUUAUUUUCCUGGGAACCGGUGGAAUCCUGUGGAAGGAGUAUUACCUGAUGGGACACUUGCUUUUAAUCUCCACCGUUUCCUCAAAGUAAAUAAACACAAGGAGGUGUUUGUCUGCAUAGGUCUUCAUGAAGGUGACUCAACCUGGAGAAGGAGCUAUUCGCUUUGGCCCUGGGGUACCUGUGAAAAAUUAGUUCCUUCUGAUGUUGUGUUUGACCCAGGAGAGUGGAUUCAUCUUACAAGAAAUCUCUACAACUGGACUGAAGACUAUGGCAGUUUCAAGCCCUCUUCCUGGGAAGCUGUUGCCAAUGAAGAGAUGUGGCAAGCCAGGAUGAAAACAGCUUUCUUUAUAUUUGACCUUGCAGAAACUGCCAGUGUGACUGCAGAAAUGAAAUCACAACUUUACACAUUUGCAUACACUUCAUACAAAGAAAUUGUCAACUCUCAUCCAAAUCACCCAGUGAACUGGCACAAAAACUAUGCCAUUGCCUGUGAGAGGAUGUUGCGUCUCCAUCGGGUGGAUGUGGAUCCUGAAACGUUGCUCUCUGAAACUGUGAAACAUUUCCUCCUCUACACUGAGAAAGCAGAAGACGAUCCCCAGCGGCAGGAUAUUCUGCAGGCUGUAAAACACCUGAAGAAAGAGUUGCAGGGGCUGAGGAAAAUGAAAGAAGAUCUGAGGCAGGGAGCUGGGUAGCACCCAGUCCUCCACCCGCCUGCCAAAGUGCUGAAAUUAAGUCAGGACUUAAAAUCUGAGCUAGUUCUUGACAACAUUGAGAAUGGUUUUAAAAGGUGACAGAAAUGGCAGAGAGAGGAAGUUGAGUGUUAUUGCCUCCGCAGGAAUGUACUGUUGUUUAGUCUUUGAUUGCUGUUGCCAAAAACUGUUUGCAUUGUUUUGAGGGUUGGUUGUUUUUGUGGUUUUUUUUUUCUGGGGGGAAGCUCAUCACUACAUAAAAUACUGGGUUUCAAAAAGGAGAAUUUCUUUUAAAAUAAACCAGUGAAUCUGUUGUA